AUGACAAACAGUGGAGGAAGUCGCGCUUCACAGAGGAGAAUGGUUGAGGGUGAAUCAAGCAAUGCAAGGGAGAGAAGGCUUAAAAUGCAAGCUGAUUUGGAGGCAAUGACUCAAAGGAUGGAAGAGUCUGAUGCAGAGGACUAUGUAUACUCUGAGGAAGAGUCUGAGGUUGAGAGAUUGAGGGAGGAAAGGAGGACCAAGAAGAGAAAUGACCCCAUUAGAAGUGAGAGUGAGCAAGGGGAGUUUGAGAUUGGAGUGAACCUUGUUCAAGAGGAGGGAAAUGGCUCUCCAAGUGAAGAAGGAAGUGAUGAGACUGAGAGUGAAGAGGAAGGAGAAGAGGUAAAUCAGUUGGUUGAAGAAAGUGAGCAAGAGCUCCAAUAA